CCUCAGCCUGUCCUCACAGUGUCUCCAUCAUGGACGAGUCCUGGAGACUCAGUGACUCUGACCUGCAGUGUUGGACCUCCGUCUGCAGGAUGGAGGUUCUUCUGGUUUAAGGCUGUUCACAAACUGUCCCCCUACAACUACACCUAUGAUCUUCUAGCUGGUAGCACCACUGGGACUGAACAGGGUUCCUACGUUCUUCAUGGACAGACACACACAGCAGGAUAUGUGUGCAGAGCUGGAAGAGGAGAUCCUGUCAUUUACACUCUAUAUAGUGAUGUGAAGUUUGUCUGCGAGGAAAGACGCUGCAGGAUCAGAGGCGGCUUUGCGCAUGCGCGCUUCCCUCAGUCUGGACGUGUGUCGCCUCUCUGCUGGACUGCUGCGCAGGACCGACACGCUGAGGACAACACACCUGUCAUGAGGAUGUCGGCACUGCCCUCCAACCUGUCUGCCGCUCUGUGCGACAUCACGGUCAACUGCUCCAUCGGGGAGGAGUGGGCGUGGUCUGUCUGUGACGUAGAGGGUUGCAGAACCUCCCAGAGGUCAAACAGGAAGGUCGUCAUCAACAUUUUCACUGACGACACGUCCGUCGUCUGUCGGGGCAAAAACAACGUCAGCGUGAGCAACGUGUCUGAAAGCAGGGAGGCAACGUCCAACGGGCUCCUUCCCACCGGAUGUCCUGGGCAUCAGGUUAGCCAUGUGACCUCAGCAUUUCACCUCCCAGAUGCUCCCGACACCGACCCCCCCUUCAGGAGUCCUGUGGUGUUUGAGAUCCUUCAGGGGAGGUGGGACUUGUUGGACCUCACCGAGCAGCUGGAUGUGAAACGUCCUCAGAGGACCACUAGGGGACGCCAGAGGGCCCCAAACGGCACCUGCAAGUCCUCCUUUAGUCCAGGACUCGACCCGCUGUGGUUCUGUCCCCGGGGGCCAUUCACAAACAGAGCUGUUGUGAAGCCCAACUGGCCUGAGAUUUACUCUGGAGAGACGAUCACUCUCACAUGUGGAAUAAAGGAUGGAGCAGGCUCUGAGUGGGAGUAUGAAUGGAGAACACCUGACUAUUACACACCUCAAAACCCAAGAGGCUCCAUGAUUACAUCAUCAGUCGAAGGAGACUACAGGUGUAAGGGCAGACUGAAAGAUGAAGCCUCUACAACAGAAUGGAGUAAAGCUUUCACAUUAGUUAAAACAUCAGCCUCUGGGCCCGAGAACAAGGUCCGUCUCGCGCUGCCAAAAAGGACUUCCCACGUCCAAAUAGUCGGGGCCCCGAACGCUCCAAAACUCUGCAGAGGAAGUGUGACCCUGACCUGCUCUAGUAGAAGGAUCCCUCCCUCUGUCACAAACAGAGCUGUUGUGACUCUGCAACACGACUGGCCUGAGAUUUACUCUGGAGAGACGAUCACUCUCACAUGUGGAAUAAAGGAGGGAGGAGGCUCUGAGUGGGAGUAUGAAUGGAGAACACCUGACUAUUACACACCUCAAAACCCAAGAGGCUCCAUGAUGACAUCAUCAGUCCCAGGAGACUACAGGUGUAAGGGCAGACUGAAAGAUGAAGACUCUACAACAGAAUGGAGUGAUGCUUUCACAUUAACAACAUCAGCAAAACCAAAGGCCCGACUGAGCAAAGACUCUCCUGUAGAGGGAAGUGUGACCCUGACCUGCUCUGUGGGGUCAUCAUCAUCAUCAUCA